CUUUUAACCUUCAACCCUUACCUUGUCCUUGUGAUAAUCUUUUCAAUCCAAUGGAUAACAAUUCGAGCAACCUGCCUAACAAUUCCUGCGUCUCUACUUUCUCUGAGGCCCAGAUCAAGUCAAUACUUAUAACAUAUGGCUCUGUUGGUGGACUAGCAACUCUCAUCUGCUUCACUGGGCUCUGCCUGGCAAUCUCUCUCAAACUAUGGCGUCAGUUUGUGUACAGGCUCGCCAUCUGCCAAGUUACAGCUGCACUGUUCAUCGGGAUAUCAAGGACAAUGCAGCUACCAUUGAUGCUGGCUGAUGAGGAAGAUGCUCUUUAUAACAGACUCUGUAAAGCCAUAGCUUUCUCUGUUGUCACUGGAGAUUGGAUAAAACUGCUAUUUACACUCUGGAUUGCUGUAUAUCUAUUUGUAUACUCUGUUUUCCUCACAAAGACUCUUAAAAAGUGUGAAUAUGCAGUGAUACCAGUGUUCACCAUCACUGGACUCCUUGUAGCUUCAGUACCUCUCAUUACUGACACGUAUGGCAAAGCUGGUGCAUGGUGCUGGAUAAAGAACAAAAGAGACACCUGCCCACACGAAGUAUUGCUUGAAGGAGAGAUAGAGCAGUUUGCUCUCUGGUUUGGACCAGCUCUAUUCAUGUUACUACUAAAUUCUUUGCUGGUAGUGAUCACUAUGAUUGUAAUGGCUUAUAGAUUAUGCUGUCCCAAGAAGCAGGCUGGGGAAAGUGUGACCAGCGAUACAACUCCUUUAUUAGAAACAAAUCGAAAAGCUCUUUUGCUCCUCCUGCCUCUACUUGCAUAUCCUCUCAUAUAUUGUAUACUCAUUAUCAUACCUCUCAUCAACCGAUUCUACCAGAUAAUUUCUCAUGAAUCUAGUUUUGGCAUGUUUUUUACUUGUGCUGUUUUAAUUCCAGGUGUUAGUUUUUCUGCUGGGACAGCAUUUCUUAUACACAUUGCCGUGUUAGAAAGGAAGAAAUUAUGUCAUGGGUUUGGCAUUUGUAAAAAAAGGCAAAACAGAAAUGGACUUGCUAUUAAUUCUACAGGUACAGUUGAAAGAGAUGCCGAGCAACAAAGUGAUGAUGAUCCUCUGAAAGUGACCAGAGCAAGCUCAACUCAUACAGUGACUGUCGAUGAAAGUGAAAUUGAGAAGCAAUUGUUCCCCUAACUCAAUUAUUAGUAAUUAUGCAAACUUUACUGAUGAAAGUGAAACUUGACAUCAUUUUGUGUAAUAAAUAAAACUUUACCAAA